AUGGCCCCGGUUUUCUCGACGUCAUCGCAGCAGUCCACAACCAAAUCAGGAACUGUUUGCCUCCUUCAGUCCUUCCUGGCGGCCAUCCAAGCCAGCCUCUCGGUGCUUCUCGUCAUGUUCUACGGCUGCAUCGCGGCGCACUCGAGGCUGAUCGACCGCGCCAACACCAAGCCCAUUUCCAAAAUAUGCGUCCGCAUAUUCCUACCGGCCCUCCUCAUCACCAAGGUCGGAUCUGAACUCCACGGGGAGAGCGCCGGCCGCUACCUCGUGAUUCUUGCCUGGGCCGUCGUCUGCCAUGUCGUCUCAUUCUCGGCCGGCAUCCUGGGUCACCUUGGCCUGGGCAUGCCCGAUUGGACCACGGUGGCCAUCCUGAUCAACAACACAACAAGCUACCCGCUGCUCCUCGUGACGGCCCUCGAGGACACCGGCAUCCUAGGCCCGCUGAUAGUCGCCGACGAGAGCACCAAGGACGCCAUCGAGCGGGCCAAGUCCUACUUCCUCGUCUUCUCCACCGUCUCCAACUGCAUCACCUUCGCCGUGGGUCCGCGCCUCAUCGACUCCGAGCACGCUCCAGAGCCGGAAGAGGAAGAGGAAGACAAGGCCGUCAAUGGCCAUGCCCAGGAGAACAAUCACACCCCAACGCCGGACGUCGAAGCAGCCAACGAGCAGACUCGACUCCUCAGCUCCCAGCUGCCCAACUCAUUCCCCUCGCCGGCCCCCUCCAGAAGGAACUCUUUCUUUGGCACUCGUCCGAGGGACCCCCAGCAGCUGGCGCCGAAGCCGGACCGUCGACGCUCAUGGUUCGUGCCCCGUCAGCGAUGGUACCACCUGUCGCCGCGGACCAAGUGGUGGCUGCUCUUCGUCACCGACUUUUUCAACGCGCCGCUGCUCGGCGCCAUCGUCGGCGCCAUCAUCGGCCUGGUUCCCGUCUUGCACCGGGUCUUCUUCAACAGCUCCGACGACGGCGGCAUCUUCACCGCCUGGCUGACCGCGUCCCUCAAGACGGUCGGCGGCCUCUUCGUCUCGCUGCCCGUCGUCGUCGCCGGCGUCACCCUCUGCUGCGCGACCAAGGAGGCCGUGCGCAACCACGAGAGCAUCGUGAGCAUGCCGUGGGGCACAGUACUCUACAUCCUGCUCGUGCGCUUCAUCGCCUGGCCCGCCCUCUCCAUCGGCUGCGUCUACGUGCUGGCCACCAGGACCGGCAUGCUCGGCUCGGAUCCCAUCCUCUGGUUCUGCCUCAUGAUGAUGCCUGCCGGUCCCAGCGCCAUGAAGUUGAUCACCCUGGUGCAGGUCGCCGAGGGUUCGAAGGACGAUGAAGUGCAUAUUUUGAGGCUUCUGACGAUGUCAUACAUUAUCUCCCCAGUGCUGUCGCUCACUGUUGCUGGGAGCCUGCUUGCCAGCCAGGCUGCCAUAAAGAGCUGA